AUGGUCUCAAGACGAUGGCGGCGGUUGGUGGAGGCACACCUGCCUCAGAUUCAAGAGUUCCGGCAUCCUAUCUCAUUGCAUCUUCUCCGUCACAGAAGGUGGCUGCAACCGAACGGUGACUUUGCCAGCCACAGAGCCAGGAGCAAAUGGGCCGCGACUGGAUGGGGGCUGUGCAGGUGGUUGACUGGACACCGCCAGCCGCUGUCUCUCAGGAAGAUUUCCAUCAAGUGGAGCGGCGACAGCGACGCCGCACAAGCGCUGAUCAUGUCGGCGCCAAAGCUGGAGCACUUGGAACUGGAAGUCGACGAUGGCUUCAGAGAAACAGGGUGGCUGAGAGAGCUGCCAAGGCUCAAGUCGCUGCUCCUCUCCUUCGCAAGGCUCCCCCUCACCGGCGUUCCCCACGACCGAGCCCCAGCAGUCAUGCAGAUAGGCCGCGCCUGCAGGCACCUCACGCUCCUAAGCCUGGUGACCGAGGACUCGUCCAACCAGAUCGAGGAUGCGGACGCCGUGCUGUCGCUGCUGCGGGCCUGCGACGCUCUGCUUGCCCUAGAAAUAGUGGGUUUCGAUGACCUCGGUCUUUCGGACAUAGCACCGGAUUUCAGGCUGGGUUUGAGGUACUUCAGGUGGGAUCUGAUGGGUUGGUACUUGGAGGAAGGGGAGGCCGAGGCGUUUCUGUCGAAUUGCCCGGAGCUCAGGGUCCUGGCCCUGGGCACCAAGGACCAGCCCGUGCUCAGCUGGGGCUCCCAGGACAUGGCCGGGGCGGCCAGGAAUCUGGAGGCGCUGUGGCUGAGCGGGCAGCCGCUGGCGGAUCAUGCAGUUUGGGUGGAGGGCUUGAGGGCCAUGACGUCGAACUGCAGGAGGCUGAGGACUGCAUACGUGGACGCGACAUCAGCGGACGUGCAGCUGCCGGGAGAUCUCGACUGCAUUCGGUUGGUUCGGCCGGGGGAGGAUGGGCCGGAUGGACGGUUUUCGCUGUGGAGCAAACCCGUGCAGGACAUGAUACGAGCCGUUGAUGGCAAUGGCGGCGGGCGGACUUGA